AUGGCGACCGCUCUGUCGGGCCCUGCCCUGCCAGAGCGCUCCCAGAUCCCGUGCGACCGGGCCAGCGUGGCAUUCGCCCGGAACCGUGCGGCCACUUCAUCCUUCACACCGCCAGCGUCGUCCCUGGCGUCCGUGGCGUCCAUGGCGUCCCUGGCAUGCCUCACGUCCUUGGCAUCGCUAGCGUCGAGAAGGAGAGCUUUGCGCCGCAGGCCCUUGGUUUGCGGAAGCCGGCAAGCAGGAUUGACAAAGAAAUUCAGACGGAGCCGCACGCAAAGCCUGAAAGUGGUGCUGAUAGGAUUUGCCGUGUGCGUGGCCGCGUACAAGAUGUUCAUGCUGAGAUCGUCCAGUGGCUUCGAGACCUUUACAGAGCGCGUCCAUGGCUACCGCGGGGUCUGCGGCUCGCUGGCUGCGGACCUCGGCUUCUCGGCCGUGGCGUUCGUGGCCUUCGCCGUUUGCGCUGGCACGGAGACCGCCAUCACCACGCUAUGGCCCUGGAAGGUGCGGGAGUACGCGCAGCGUGAGAUGGAGAAGGCAGAGCAGAAAGUGAGGGAGAUGCGCGAGGGGGGCGGCAAGCGUGUGACUGCCAAGGUCGAGCUGGGCAAAUGGACUGCGCUCAGAGAAGACAUCCAGCGCUUCAUGCAGACGAUUCUCAUCGGCGCAACCGUUGCAGGUGUGGUGAGUACCGCCUUCAUCACGGAGAUUUGCGGGCAGCUCUUCGGGCCGCGAGGCUUGGGCAUCGCCACUGUGUCAGUGACACUGGUGCAGCUCACGCUGGGCGAGAUCUUGCCAAAAAGCAUGGCAGUUUCCAACCCGUACACCUUUGCGCAAGCCACCCUGCCAGCCUUCUACAGGAUUUCCGCGGUUGUCUACCCAGCGAGCAAGAUGUUGAACGAGGCAGUGUCGGUGCUGCUGAAAAUGGUUGGCCUGCCAGUCGACACUAAGAAGACCCCCUUCGUGUCUGAAGAGGAGUUGGACCUGGUCUUUCGAUCAGCCAUGCAGAGCGGCGUCGUGGACGCAGAGGAGGGCGAGAUGAUCCGCAGCGUGCGGAACCUGGACAGCAAGCGGAUCAAGGAGAUCAUGACGCCUUUGGUGGACAUGAUUUGCAUCGAGUCUGAGGAGCCCAUUUCGAAGCUUCAUCACUUGAUCAAGUCCACCCAGUUUAGCCGCAUACCCGUCUAUGAGAUGCGAUUUGACAACAUCAUAGGUGUGGUCAGCAUGAAGACCCUGCUGAAGAAUGCAAACUGCUUGGAAGAGGUUGUCAGCAGCAACGCUCGCAAAGUUCAUGAGAUCUAUGACAUCCCCAUCUUUGUUCCAGAGACCAUGUCCUUGAUCUCCGCCCUGCGUUUGUUGAAAGAGCGGACGCUGGCUGUGUGCGUGGACGAAUAUGGAGGGACAACUGGGCUGAUCACUUUGGAAGAUGUGCUUGAAGAGAUUGUAGGCGAGAUUUACGACCCCGACGAGGAGAAGGACCAAGUGGAGAGGCAGCAGAACCGGGCCAAGAUCCAGGAGAAAGCACCUGGCCACUACUCCAUGACCGGCUUGGCGGAGAAGGACGAGGUGGAGGAGGUGCUGGGCAUCAAGAUGCCCGAGGGGGACUACAACUCCAUCGGGGGCUUCAUGUGUAUGACCAUCGACCGCAUCCCUCUUGUGGGUGAAGCCGCCACGGUGGAGACUGCAUCUGACAAAAUCCGAUUCGAGGUGUCCAAGGUGGACGAACGCAGGGUGAUGCAAGUAGAAGCCUUCCUGAGUGGCAAGGGCAAAGUGGAGCAAGAGGAGGCGCAAGACGACGAGGAGAAAGAAAAGAGCCAAGUGAUCUAUGUAGAGUUGGACCUGCUGGACGGCCAGAACGAGAGUGAGACUGGAUUGGAGCAGCCAGUUCUGGAUGUGAACAUUGUGGUGGACGGGGAUGUAAAGGCCACGGCCGAGGGUGCUGUGGUGACCCACUCAGUGCCUGACGCUUUUGAGCCGCCACAGCCGCCCGAGACCUCAGCCGGGUCUGCCAAGCUGAAGCAAGUUUUCCCCAACAACCCAGCGGCAAAAGCUGAUGCAAAGAAGGCCGAGCAGCCAGCGGCCAAAGAAGAAGCUAAGGUCACAGCUGAUGCAAAGAAGGCCGAGCAGCCAGCGGCCAAAGAAGAAGCUAAGGUCACAGCUGAUGCAAAGAAGGCCGAGCAGCCAGCGGCCAAAGAAGAAGCUAAGGUCACAGCUGAUGCAAAGAAGGCCGAGCAGCCAGCGGCCAAAGAAGAAGCUAAGGUCACAGCUGAUGCAAAGAAGGCCGAGCAGCCAGCGGCCAAAGAAGAAGCUAAGGUCACAGCUGAUGCAAAGAAGGCCGAGCAGCCAGCGGCCAAAGAAGAAGCUAAGGUCACAGCUGAUGCAAAGAAGGCCGAGCAGCCAGCGGCCAAAGAAGAAGCUAAGGUCACAGCUGAUGCAAAGAAGGCCGAGCAGCCAGCGGCCAAAGAAGAAGCUAAGGUCACAGCUGAUGCAAAGAAGGCCGAGCAGCCAGUGGCCAAGUCAGAAAAAGCUAAGGUCACAGCUGAUGCAAAGAAGGCCGAGCAGCCAGCGGCCAAAGAAGAAGCUAAGGUCACAGCUGAUGCAAAGAAGGCCGAGUCACAGCUGAUGCAAAGAAGGCCGAGCAGCCAGCGGCCAAAGCUGAUGCAAAGAAGGCCGAGCAGCCAGCGGCCAAAGAAGAAGCUAAGGUCACAGCUGAUGCAAAGAAGGCCGAGCAGCCAGCGGCCAAAGAAGAGCUAA